GUCGCAUGCUACUUGAACUAUCAGUUGCCAUUUACGUACAAAAAAAAUACACCAGCUCAAAGAAUCCAAUUGUCAUUUGAAUUUCCGUCUACAUAUUACAGGAACUAUAAAAGACUUUGACAGAGAAUUGAGAUUUCCGGAUGUCAAAUACAAGUCGUCAUGUAGGACAUAUUUCGGAAUGGGACGUGUCCAAAAUGAAACCCACCGCUCUUCUGAUAGCUACAUCACAACACGCAAAAGUGGACAAGCGGGGCGACAUUUAAGUCAUUAAACGUCGCCGACGACUGGCAGGGUCGUAUACGACGAGCUCUAUCGGCAACUAUCCGUUUAUUCGUACUUUUUGGGCUUCGUAAGCGAGCAGCGGCCGUUGCAGGCUCCCACGGGCAACAUGGUUGCUCGAGUUGCGCGCUAAUGAGCGAGCGGCGUCCAGUCAGCAAACUCAUUGACGGUUCCCAUCAUCUUUUCGAGCCCACAAGAUGGGGCAUCCUCCUCUGGAGUUUAGCGACUGCUACUCGGACAGUCCCGACUUCAGGGAGACGCUCAAAUGCUACGAGCUGGAACUGGACAGAACGAGUAAAUUUCUCAAAGAGUUGAUAAAAGAUGGCAAUAAUGUUAUCAACGCAAUCAAAGGCUAUUCUCUGGCCGUUCAGAAGCUCUCUCAGACUCUCAGCGGCUUCCAGUUUGACUUCAUUGGUGACUCCUUGACAGAUGAUGAGGUUAACAUCGCUCAGUCGUUCCAGGAGUUUGCGGGACUUUUGCAGGAAGUGGAGCACGACAGGAUGAUGCUGGUUCAGAACGCUUCCGAUUUACUCAUCAAGCCUCUGGAGAAGUUCAGAAAAGAGCAGAUAGGAUCGACAAAGGAAAAGAGGAAGAAAUUUGAAAAGGAAGGUGAAAAAUAUUACUCCCAGCUGGAUAAACACCUCAAUCUAUCUGCUAAGAAGAAGGAGAGUCAACUUCAAGAGGCUGAUGAAGUCCUAUGCAAAGAGCGGGUUAACUUCUACGAGUCCUCUGUGGAAUAUGUGUACCAGAUCCAUCAGGUCCAAGAUAAGAAGAAGUUUGAUGUGGUGGAGCCUGUGUUGGCAUUUCUCCACAGCGUUUUGACCCUCAACAACCUCACAGUGGAGAUGACGCAGGACUUUAUGCCCUACAAGCAGGAGCUGCAGCUCAGCCUGCAGAAUACAAGGAACCACUACGAGAGCACUCGCGAAGAGAUGGAGGACCUCAUGAAGCGGAUGAAACAGUCGUCUCAGAUCUGCAAAAGGCCCAGUUGGCUGCCAAUGGCGGGCUAUCUGUAUUGUCAGGAGAAGUGGGCCCUGGGCGUGACCUGGGUCAAGUACUAUUGCAAGUAUCACACAGAGGGGAGACUGCUGCUCAUGGUUCCUUGUGAACAGAAACCCACCACCAAGCAGGGCCCCAGCCAGCUGACCCUGAAAUCCUGCAUCCGCCGGAAGACGGAAUCCAUAGACAAGCGCUUUUGUUUUGACGUGGAAGUUAACGAAAGAAACGCGCCGGUUACGUUCCAGGCUCUUUCGGAGGGAGACAGGAAGUUGUGGUUGGAGGCCAUGGAUGGAAAAGAGCCUAUAUAUCACUCUCCAAUUCACAAGCAAGCAGAAAUGGAACUCAAUGAUAUUGGAUUCAAGUUUGUGCGGAAGUGCGUUAACUAUGUGGAAGAAAAGGGAGUGGCACAAGAGGGCGUGUAUCGAACGGUUGGCAGCAAUAUUCAAGUGCAGAAGCUCCUAAACGCCUUUUUCGAUCCUGCCAACCCUGGAGACGUGGACCUACACAGUGGGGACUGGGACAUUAAAACCAUCACGAGUGCGAUGAAGUUCUAUCUAAGAAGUCUGUCUGAACCGCUGAUGACCUACGAUUUGCAUGGAGACCUCAUGCUAGCUGCAAAAUCGGACAGUUUGGACUCCCGACUGAGCGAGAUUCACUCACUUACCCACAAACUACCCGAGAGGAAUCGGGAUAUGUUGGAGAUGCUUCUCAAACACUUGGUGGCAGUGUGCAGUCACAGCCAAGACAACUUGAUGACGCCGUCAAACAUGGCCGUCAUCUUCGGACCCACGCUGAUGAGGGCCAGGGAGGAGACGGUGGCCGCCAUGUUGGACAUCAAAUUCCAAAAUAUCGUUGUCGAAAUUCUGAUCGAGGAGUACAAAAAGAUUUUUAGUCACAUGCCCGAAGACGGCAACGCCCCGCCCGUCCCUCCUCCGCGCGUUACCCCGAGAAAGCGGCAACCCAUCACCAUCUCCAAGCGGCCGCCUCGUCUUUAUCCGCCUCUGAGUCCCGAGCGCUUCCUCCCUCAACAUCAGCAACAGCAGCAGCACCCUGAGAAUGGCCAGAGUAGCGAGCGUGUGGUGGAAGGCGACGUCUCGCCGAGCCCCGUUCCCCUGCAGAGGACCAAGUCUUCCGUAUGCGCUCCACUGGUUCCUCGAGAACCUCCUCGCAAGCAAGUGCCGCUCUACCGAUCUAAGACUGACUUUGCGGAAAGGUCGGAGUCUUCUUCGCUGGCAAACGGAGACGGUCGAGCGGCUUCUUUCCAGGCCAGAAAACCUCUUCCGAAAGGAGAUGGUGAGGGUCUGAGCAGAGGUGGCAGGAUCCCCCCCAUUUGCAGACCCCCGGUUAGGCCUCCCGAACCCCCUUCCAGGCAGCCGUCUCUCAAGCUACAAAGUCCAGCCGUCAACGAAGGAUCCGCCGCGUCCUAUGUUGCUUCGAAAGCCAAAUUUUUUGAGAAUGCCUCGAGACAAGUCAGCAGUAUACAAGCUUCCCAGUCAGCAACAAAUGAGAAAAAAGAGAAUGCAAGCUGAACGCAGCAUUACGGAAGGCGACAAGAAAGCGCCGGCCCGUGAUCGGUAAGGGUCCGAAGUGGCACGGCAACCGACCGUUUCCUGCUAUUUGUUUUGGCCGCAAAGAUGUGUUUGGAAUUCUUGAGUUUCAACCUGACUCCGUUAAAUGUCCGUUUUACCUUGUCUUGUCAUUGGAAAUGACUCCGAAUUGCCUCUUAAAACAUUUGUACACUUAUUUUAGUCUUAUCAUUUCUAACAUUUGUCUUUUCUGUAUGUAAUAGGUCAAAUCUGUUGUUGUUUUUUGUCCUUGAAAUUAAUAUUAAUUUAAUUAAAUUGAAAAUCCAAAAGGAGGGACCAAAGCAUAAGUGGAAAGAACGUAUUUUGUAUUAUUUGUUACCAUUUGAACUCCACUGACUGAUAAAAAUCGCGCAUUUUAAAAAAGUAUUUGUUUUGUCAUGACACAAAUUUUGUUUGAGUGUGAGAUUAACACUCCAUUUUUUUUGUUUUUUGUUUUUUUUUUACAACUGCAAUUGUUUGUUGUGUUUUUGUUAAGGAAAAAAAAUCAAAACGGACUAGUUAGGAAGAAAAGAAAACUGUUACUGUUCACUCCUUCAUAUUAAUAUUUACUGUUUCCAUUCAUUUGUUGUGUCUGAUCUUGAAAUUGAGCAUUUUGUACAGUGACAUUCAUUUUAUACGCUGAAGGAAAAAUCCUCGCGUGGUGUGCUAAAAAAAAACAAAACAAAAGUGCACGUUACACUGUUACAUUUUUUGUUGUCCUCCAGAAAUUUUGGACACGCUUUCAAUAAACAAAUUGUUCCAACAGUUAAAGGACAGCCAGCAUUGUUUGUGACAGUAAACAGCUUGGCUCUUACCACAUUUCUUCGCAAGUUUUAUAUACGCGAAUUAACUGUGGCUAACGAGGUGACCUGACGAAUAAAAAUGGAUGCAAAACAACCUGUUUAGUGUUAAAAAAAAGACAAAAAAGUUAUUUUCGCGUAAAUGUGUGAAAUCUUGGCUGAUAUGGAUAUUUUAUUCUUGAAAGAUGAGAAUGAGGGUAAGUUUUGGGGGA